UGUUCAACUGAAGGUAUAGUAAACAUUUCUUAGCAAAUUAAAAGUUGACCGAAAGAAAAAACUUUUCUUAAUAAAGGAAUAAACUAAAAGACAUUAUAUGCCAUGGACACCAAAACCCGAUCCGAGAACGCAUCAAGUCAGGAGAGGUUUGGGAGAAAAGUAAAAUAUCAGAGGCCACAUACACUUGUGGCUGAAAACGGAACAAAAUGCUGACGUGUUAUCCAUUUCACUUGUUAAAACGUAUCUAAAUCUCAAAUCUCACGAUUUACCGAAACAACGAGACCCUCAGCUGAACAAAAAAAAAAAAGAAAAUAAUGCAGGAAAGUAAAGAUCAAGAGAUUAAGCUCUUCGGCAUGAAAAUUCCUCUUUCAACGGUUCUUGAGGCUGAAGAAGAUGGAAUAUCGGCAGAAAAGAACCAAAACGAGACAUUAACUGAUCAAGUGGAAAAAGACAAAACAUUAAGAAAACCUACCAAGAUUAUUCCGUGUCCAAGAUGCAAUAGUAUGGAAACCAAGUUCUGUUACUACAACAACUACAACGUAAACCAACCUCGCCAUUUCUGCAAAGCUUGUCAAAGAUACUGGACCUCUGGUGGGACCAUGAGAAGUGUCCCUGUCGGAGCCGGACGACGCAAGAACAAGAACAACUCAUCAUCUUCUUUACAUAAUUACCAGCACGCCACCAUCUCUGAAACGAAUGGCCCGGUCCUUAGUUUCACCCAUGGGGAUGUUCAAAAGGUCUCAAAUAAUUAUAGGUUAAUGCAUUCGUGGCCAUACAUGUGGAAUCCCGGUUUUUACCCGGUUUACCCUUAUUGGAACGUUCCAAUGUUGUCUUCUUCCCCUAAUCCAAGUCCUAAUUCUACUCUUGGUAAGCAUUCGAGAGACGAAGAUGAGACAAUCAAGCCAAAACAUAGGAAUGGGUCUGUAUUGGUCCCUAAGACUUUAAGAGUUGAUGAUCCUAAUGAAGCUGCAAAGAGUUCUAUAUGGGCAACACUUGGGAUCAAGAACGAAGUUAUGUUCAAAGGGUUUGAUUCUAAGAAAGAAGGUAAGAUUAACAACGAAGAAACUGAGACUUCUCUCGUUCUCUGUGCGAAUCCAGCUGCGGUAUCAAGAUCAGCCAAUUUCCAUGAACGGCUGUGAUCCUAUGCAUACUAUAUAGAGAACUUUAUGUGUAGAUGUGGCUUACAUUUUCCUUUUCUUGCUGAUUGACUUUGUAUUCAUAGGCUUAAACAUUUUUGUAUCAUCACUUAAAUUUCUAGUUCUGUUUAAGUUUGAUUGUUGUUGUACGAAACUACGAAUAAAUAACGGUGAUCGAGAAGUUCGUUUUGA